UCUCGGGUUAACAACCUCCCAGUUUCAUCAAACACAGGAUUGUCAAUCAACAACACGAUGGCAGUAAUCACCAUCCUUGCUUUGCUUGUAAUACUCAAGCACUGCUCAGGUCAUGCGAUCGAAGGAUGCACUCCUGGUGAACAUAAAGAUGUGCCGCGGUAUGAAAUGAAUUACAGAUUCAAAUGUGUGGACGUCCCAGCUAACUACUAUGUGGCCUGGUUGAUCACAAGACAGGACCCUAGCAAUGGCAAUCAGCUAACCAAUACUGAUGUGUGUUCUAUGACCGAUGACAAGUGCCAUUCAUAUUCUGAGGGUUCAGGAGCAAUUAGGGUUAAUAACAUCACCAGUAUACUUUUCUUCUACCCCAGCGUUAUCAACGACAUCAUCGGCAUCACGUGUAGAGUCUUUGACAAGGAGUUAACGCGCACCCUGUCCUACAUCAACGACUACACCUGUGAUAUCACCUUGUUAGGUAAGUACAUAGAUCAUUCCUUUUUCUAA